AUGAUGUCAGUACGCAAUGUCUUUUGUGUUUUCACUAUCGCACUCUGUUGUCUCUGCAGUUAUGUGGUAGCUGCUCAAGCUGAAGCUGAAGAUCUUGAGGCUAUACCUACGGAACUUGGUUCUGGGGGUCCACCAGGUCGUGGCGAUGGAGAAUCUGAAGCUUCUUCUUGUCCACGUGGUUUACCCCCUGUGGAUGAUAAAUCUCAGUGUGCAGAUAUUAGUGGUGGUAGAGGACGUAAUGAUGAUCAUCUUCACCCAGAUCAAUCACACGAACUGGUACAGCCGCUUAUUCCGGUGAUCCACACAAAUGGAGGCCAUCGAGAAGAGGGAAGUGUUAGCAGCGGUACGGAAGAUGAACUCAACGAAGCAGGCGAGAAAGCGGUAGAAAACAAUCCACAUGUUGGUGUCGUACCUGAAAGAGAAGCAAGUGAUAUUACUGCUAAUCCUGAUUCUGCACGUGGAGAGCCUGGAGUUACUGCUGUUGAUGUUGAAACUACUUCUCGAUCACGUGAGACUGGUCCACGUACAACUGAAAAUAUUGAUCCCCAGAUUGAAGGAGGAGAAGCGUUGGGUUCUAAAGCACAGAAUGAGGAUGACUCUCCAGCUGCUGGUCACGGGAAGGAGAGACAAAUAACUGCAGAGGGACAAGCUGAGAAAUUGGAAACCCCACCACAAGGGAGGGAUGAUAGGAGUACAGGGAGAAGUACAACAUCUUCAACUACUGCAGCGAGCAGUACAGGAACUGAAGAAAAUAACGGGAAUCAACACACAGAAGAAGGAGAUAAUGGUGUUCAGUCUACUUCACCAACUUCACGUGCACCUACAGAAGGUGAUGCAAUGAGGGAUACUGCCAAUACAACCAAUAAUGAUGAAUCAACCACCACAACAACGACACUUCCUCCUGAAUCCAUAAACAACAAGAAGGGUGAUGCAGACAGCAGCAGCAGUAUCAGCAGUUCUGUGUGGGUGCGUGUACCACUACUGAUUGUGGUUACACUGGCCUGUAUUCUUGUGUGCUGA